AUGGAGGGCUACGAUUGGGGGCAUUUAAAAGACCAGGUCCGCCAGAUUCGCGAGAACACAGUCACAGCUCGCUCCCGAACCACCUAUCAGAACUCCUACUGUCGCUUUCUCGCGUGGCUUGCCAAGAAUAAAGCCGAUCUCGUCGCACCGGAGUUUGCAACGCGUCUUGGAGACAUUGCCGCGUACUCCCUCCAACAGCUACAGGCGCAUAUCAAGGAGGUGAUCAACCAGAAGCCGCGCAUCGACCCUUUCGUCUUCGAGCUCCUGGACGCGGAGGUCUUCGUCACCUGGCUGAUCACACUCCAGCGUAAAGACGGCGGUGCACUCAGCUACUCUGUUCUCAACACGCACAGAGCAAGCUUGUUCAACCUGUUUCGGGACUUCGGUCAUACCAUGAGCAAGACGCUCGAGUCGGAGUUGACCACCUACUUCAAGGGGCUAAAGCACAAGCUAGCUAAGGACGCGUCCAUCGGAGCCAGCGAGACCAAGACAGGCAAAGACCCGCUGAUGUUUGAUUUAUACAGCUUUUUGUGUGGCAAAAUGCAUACUCUUCCUGGCAAGGAGAUGGCGUUUUCUCAUGCGUACAUGGUCAUUGCC